CGGGAGAGGACGUACCACUCCGUCGCUCCUAACUCUGGCAAUCCUACCAGUGACCUGACGCGUAACUGAAGGAACAAAAAUAUUACCCUAUUGACAAUUUUCCCCCUGAAUGAUAAAUCUAAAAAUCUAUUAUUGAUAUUAGAUAAGAAGAUUGAUCAUUGCUUAAAGUCUAUGGAUGAUUCUUGUGAAAUGACAGUGAUUAUAAAUAAGAUAUUUUUGAUGAUUAUUAAAGAAUAGUUGAUUGGCUUGGUGUCGUUGUACUGGGCUGUGAAGAGUGCUUGUAAGGAAGGAAAUUCAACUCGCGGGAUUUUGAACGAUUUUGUGGUUGUUGUCUCAGAAGUGUUGUUCAAGCUUUCGACCCCCCUACCCCCCCCCACCAGGAGAGAUAUUUAAGCCCUGGGAGAUGUUCACCAUGAGAUAGCCACACCGGGAGGACGCCUUUACCAUGAAGACUGCAAUUAAGAUGGCUCGUGUGCUGCUGCUGCUGCUGUGGGCGUGUGUGGGCGCCUCGUGGGCGUGUCCUCGGGAAUGUCGGUGUUCCCUGGACGAGCGUGGGCGGCGGGGUAUCCGAUGUGAGUCUGGGGGCAUGAGAGACCCACUGCCCGUCACGGACAUGGGCGCCGACACAGAACUUUUAGUGAUCUCGGCGCCGCCCAACAACCCAAACUCCUUCACGCUGGGCCCCAUCUUCAAGGGCCUGAAACUCCUGGAGGAGAUGCACAUCACACACUCAGGGAUCCCCGCCCUGGGUGCUCACUCCUUCUGGGGCCUCCAGCGCCUCCACGUCCUCAACCUCACUAACAACCACAUAUCGGCCCUCAUGGAGACCAACUUCCGCGGGGCCGAGGUGUUACGUCACUUAGAUCUGAGUCACAACCGCAUCCAGUCCGUACCUUCAGCAGUGUUCCGUCACGUGCGUCACCUACGGAGCCUCACCAUAGCUAACAACGUGGUGCCGGAGUUGGUGCCGCGGAUCUUCUUCGGGCUGGCGAGGCUGGAGCGGCUAGACCUCAGUCACAACCCCCUCGGGGACCUACAGCCCGAGAGGUUCACUGAUGUGCCCGAGCUGAGGCACCUGUCGUGUGCUGGGUGUCAUCUGAGCUCCAUCAGCAACACUCUCCUCCACACGUUGUCACAACUACGUGAUCUUGACCUCCGUAAUAACCGCCUGACACAAGUGCCUCUCGGUAUAGCCUCCAAUGCUUUACCUCACCUGGUCACGUUAAGACUUGACGGCAACCAUAUAUCCUUCGUAGAGCGAGGCGCCGUAUCCGGCUCGCCUCUCAACUCUCUUCAUCUAUCUCACAACCGCAUCAGCCGGCUGGAGACCGGCGCCUUUGCCAACAAUUCCGUUAAGCAUCUGGAUCUGUCAUACAACCGCAUGGCACAUCUGGAGGCCAGCGCUCUGCAGGACACACUCCACCAGCUGCACGACAUCCAGCUGUCAGGUAAUUCACUCCACGUAGACCAACUCCUCAACGUACUACCCAAGGCUCGUCAGCUCCGUCGGUUAGGUCUUGGUGACAUGGGCCUGACCAGAGUACCUCCUGACCUCCUGCGACACUCACGACACCUCCACCACCUCAACAUGUCGGCCAACUACCUGACGUCAUUCUCUACAGAGAUCCUCCACAACGCACCUCAUCUACAUUCGCUGGAUCUCUCCCUUAACAGCUUCCGUGGCCUGGAUAACGCCUUCUUUGAGACUGUAACCUCUGCUAUUGAACUACGUACACUACGCCUGGAGGGCAACCCUUGGAAUUGUGACCAGUGCCACGCAGGGCCACUACAGCGGUGGCUACAAGACGCACCCGACCAAGAGUCUGGGUGUGACGAGCCGCGGGUGUGGACGUGUAUCAAGUGUUCAGGUCCUCGGGGCGUGGAAGGGCUGGUGCUGUCUCUCCUGCCUCCUGGUGACCUGCCAGCCUGCCCCUUCACCACCCCGGCAGCUGUCGUCGUCUGGCCCACCUGGAUAGAACCUUCCCUCGACGUGAUGACUAAUGAACCUGAACUACCUCGAGGCCAACUGACGAGGCAGGAGGACGUGGACGUGGGGUGGUCAGUGAAGAAGAUGAUGAGGGAGGAGAUGUACCUGGUGAUAGUGGCGGGUUGUGUCCUCGUCCUCCUCCUCCUGGCCCUCAUCAUCGUCGGGAUCGUCCUCUACAACAGACACUCGGCCUUCUACUACACCUACGAGGAGGACCCCGAGAAGAAGCAGAAACUCAUGAGGUUUAGGGACAGUAAAAACAACAACAGUCCAGGAGUGAAGAAGGCCGCCAACACCCAGCUCGACGCCACCAUCGCCACCAUAGACGAAAUGACGGAUAUUGCCGGGUCACAGGAAGUCUUGGAGGAGGACCAACUCGACCAUAACCACGACCCCGACCAAAACCACGCCCCCGACCAUAACCACGCCCCCGACCAAAACCACGCCCCGACUGAAACCACGCCCUACCAACAACCAUAACGCAGCUCCUAUCCAAAA